AUGUAAAAUAAUAUAGAAAAAAUUCAACUUUAAUAAAUAAAUAUUUCCUUGAAAAAAAAAAUACCCAAAAACUGCAUUUUUUUGACCGCCUGACUGUAUAUAACCCCUUAAGUAAUUUAAAUAGCCACUUUAUGAGAUUCAAUGGCUUUGGCCUCCUUUUUGUAGUUUUUAAGGCCAUUUGUGAUUUUAAUUAACAAGAAAUUACAAUUUUUUUUAUUAAAAAAAAAGUCUCCACUUAUUUCCCUUGUUAUUUCUUUGCAUUUUCCUCCGAAAACUAUAAAUACAAGACGCACUUUUCAUAAUUCUCAUAUUUUUUUUGGAGAAUCAUAACCAAAAAUAGCUCCGGAAAGAAGACUCUAGAGUGCUCUUCUCCCCAUUUCUUCCCAAAAUCCUUUCAACUGUUUGCCAUUAAUGUCAUCUGAGAUCAUUAGCAAAUCAAUUUACCAACAAAUGCGACGAGGGCCCCCCCUUUUUCUCUUCCUCAGAUCUCUUAAUGGAGCAUUGCGAGAGAGGAGGAGGAGGUACUGUUAACUGUUAACUGUAAAUGGAAGAAAGCAAAUGCAGAAUGCAGAUUUGAGAGAGAAAAGUGCUUGGAGUUCGAACUCUGUAUAAAUUUUAUUUUUUUUAUUUUUUUACUUUUUUGUUAAUUUUUUUAUUGUAUUUACGCCCGAGUGCACUUUUCCAUUUUAUUUACAUACGAGGCGUUGGUCAGCCCACUGGUGGGGGCGUGGCAGUUGUCAUGACAACCACUCGAGCGACAAAAACAACAAUUACCCCCAUAACCAUUAAUUUUUUUGUAUUUUUAUCAAUUUGAACACAAAAAUAAACUAAAAAAUUAUAGUGCCAACUGUGAAGAUGCAAUCGAGAGCUUGCAAAAUAAUGCACACAGUUGCAUUUUAAACAAUUUUUUGACAAAAAAAAAAAAAAAACAAAACAACAAACAAUAACGCAAAGAAACAGUCAAUGAACUGUCAUCGAAGCGGACAGAGCUAGAAGAGUGUAGAGCGAAGAGUCUCUUCGCAAUUUGCAUAAAGAAACACGACACAGAAAAGCAGGCACUUAUUUCUCCACAACUCUCCAAUGAUGUCGCACGAAACAGCUGCGGCUGGAUCAUCCUGCCAGGAUGCCACCACCACCACCACCGCCAAGGGCGGCGGCGAGGUCAUCGUCUACACCACCAAGUCGGACAAAACCCUCAAACAGAACAUGAACGCCAAGGACGACACUCUGCGGAAGCGAACAUCCUUGAUCAUUGUGCCCCAGCAGGUGGACGACGACAUCCUGGAGACGAAGGACCUCGGCGAGGCCAUGAAGAGGGACAACGGCAACCGGAACUCCAUCGCCAGCAUGGACAGUUGUGUCUCCAACACCACCAGUCAGAGUAAUCAGUCGGGAUCUGGCUCGGGAUCGGGAUCAGGAUCGGGAUCUAGCUCUUCGAGCAGCAGUAGCGGUUCUGAGGACGCCCAUGCCGCCUACCAGGACCUGCAGAACGGCAAUGCCGGACAGGACCACCACUCGCCGUCGCCGUCGCCCUCGCCGAGAUGCCACUCUUCCGGCUCCUCCACCGCCUCGGAGUCCACCUCUUGCUCCAGUUCCGCGGACUAUUCGCUGCGGGAGCAGCUGCGGAACUUCGCCAACCGGACAGCUGGCGAGGAGUCGGCCGCCCGCCUGGUCAAGGGGAUGAGUCUGCCGGUUGGAGAAUCCCAGCCAGUAGGGACACUUUGCGACUCUCUGCUGAGUCCCCAGGAGGUGCCACUGGGUCGGCGGUAUGCCGAGGUGGCUCAGUUCAAGGGUCAUGUCAAGGCGAGGACUAGCGAGCCACUGAGUUCUGUGGGAGCCACGACCUCGUCCUUUGAGGCCUCGUCCUCCGUGGAAGCCACAAACAACAACAACAACAACGGACAGAACCAACAGAAAUCUCAGCCACAGGCCAAUCUCAACAACAACAACAACAAUAAUAAUAAUAACAACAACAAUAGCCAGAACUUGAUUCAGGAUCAAAACCAAAACGGUGACAGCCGCCGGAGCAGCAGCCUCGAUCCGGACACGGACGAUGUGGUGGACAUGGCCCAUGGCGGCGCCUUCGAGGACGAUAUGGAGGCACUAUUGCCUAAGUGCUCCUCGCGCCGGUCCCGGGAUGAGCUUAGUCAGUCACGCACAUCUUUGGUGUCCAGUUCCGAGGGCGGCAUCCUGGCCGAAGGCGAGACAUCCAGCGAGGAUGGAGAUGAACAUGCCGGUGGUGCAUGUUUGGACGAGGAUCCUGUGGAGGCGGAGGACGAGGGCGGCGAGGACGAAAGCAGUCGGGACAACUCCAGUGACAACUCACCGCCCUGCGAUCUGGGACUGGUGGAGCGACUGCUCCUAACCCAUCCGAUGUGGUUCCUGCCGGGAUUGCAGCGUUCCGGAGCCGUCCAUCUGCUCCAGGGCAAGGAGGAGGGGACCUUCAUAGUUCGCGGCUCCAGCCAGCCAAAUACUAUGGCAGUUUCCGUUAGAUUGCCCCAGGAUACAGGUCCUUACAUCGAACACUAUCUGAUCCAGUCGCACGACAAUGUCCUGAGCCUGGAGAGCUCCCGGUUCACCUUCGGAUCGAUACCCUCCCUGAUCGCCCACUACGCCCAGUGCUGCGACGAGCUGCCGGUCCAGUUGAUGUUGCCGCGAGUCCUGCGAGAGGCCAACAACCGGAAGAAGCUGUCCUCGCUGGCCCUCCUCGGCCAGGAGUUCUGGAGCUAUGCCAGCAGCCCGGCCCUGCUUGGUCCGCCCACCACGCCGGCCGGCGAUCGUCCUGGGAAGCAGGAUCACCAUCAGAAGCAGCUGCUGGACGCCAAGUCGCCGCUAUCCCUGACAGAGACCAGUGGCCUGGGCACGGCCACCUUCUUCAGCGAUGUCCUGUCCAAGCCGCCGCCAUCGGGAGCUCCACCGCUGCCGGGUGGCGCCAGUAGCCUGUUCAGUCCCACGGGCAGUGGUCCGCUCCUGGGCUUCUUCAGCCAGGCGGGCACACCCUCGGACACCACCAACUCCAGUCUCAGCUCCUUCACCACCAGUGGCGGCCAGCACUUGCAGCUCCUCAGUCCCAAUUCCAUCGAUUCCGUUAUCCUGACCAUGUCCCCGGUGGACAAUCCGGUCCACUACUUGCCAGGAUGCUCGGCCACCACUCCGUUGUGUCCUCCAGCUGGCUCGAAUGUGGAUCAGCAGCAGCUGAGCACCUUCAAGGUGGUGCAGAGCAGCACGGAUCAGGUGGUGGAGCAAGUGCGUCCGCAGCGGCCCAAGCCACCAAACACACUAAACCUGAAGCCAGCGGCGCCACCAGCACCGCCGGUAAGGUGGUCCAAGCCCCACUCCCCGGACCAGAGUGGCGGCAACUUCACGGUCACCACCACGGUGACCUUUUCGAUGGAGAACGGAGGAGGCUCCGGCGGGGCAGGAGCACAAGGCAAUGCGGCGAAUGGAAAGUUCAUAGAGGUCACCACCCCGGCCACCAGUAAUCCCUUCAAUGCCCUGCUCAAUGGACCCGGUUCCACGUUCCAGACCUUCGCCAAGCGACUGUCGCCGGAGGGCGAGUGCAAGGACACCCUCUCCUCGCAGGGCUCCUCCUCGAACGAUGGCCGCUGGCCGGUGGCCGGUUCCCGCAAGGUCCUCGCCUCACCCCUCACCCCCCUCAGCAGUACCGCCAGCAGCACCGCCAGCACGAGCGGCGGCAAGUCCCGCAAGUCCCGGGCCGGCAAGGAGUCGCAUCACUACAAGGAGUCCGACAUCCUGGAGAGUCCUCCGCCGCAGUACUGCGCCAGUGCUCUGAGCGACAAGAUCAGCGACUACGAGGACGUCUGGUCACAUGAUCCCAGCGACCGGGCCAGUCUCCUGACCAGCUUCCGGCCCGCUCUGGACACCUUGGGGGGCGUGGUCAACCGGAGACCGGAUCUCCUGGCCGAGACACCAAGCACCCCCACAGCGGCGCCCCUGCCCCAUCUGACGCCCUGCGAGGAGGAAUCUCCGCCAGCCACUGCCCAGCUGAUGCAGUUCUCCGGCGAUGCUCUGCCCCGGUCCCGAGCCGGCCUCUUGCUGCCAAAUCUCAACAUAGCAGCUCCCUCGCCAGCAGGAGCAGGAGGAGGAGCUCCCGCUCCCAGUCCAGCCAUGAGCCAAUCCCUGACAGCGGCCGAGGACGACGGUGGCGAUAUCACGCCCACAGCGGAUGAGGGAGCCGGCAGGAGCAAGCAGGGCAGUCCCUUCUACGCCGAGCCGGCGGAUGCACUGCGUCAGGCGGGCCUGACGAGUGGCGCCACCGCCAUACUGCGCCGCCAGCACCGCAACCAGAUGCUGCACGCCAGCCAGCGGCACUCGGAGCCCCUGAAGGCGGCCAGCGGCUACGGGCCGAGCAGCGGGAACGGAGCUCUGCUCCAGCCCAGCGAGCUGGAGAAGCUGGCCGGCAGCCUGGACGAGCUGAAGCCCAAGCCCAAGGUGCUGCCGCAGACACAGCCGCAACAGCCGACGAAGCGGGCCCGGAACCGGAUCGAUCACUGGCAGCUGGACAGCAGCUGGGAGUUCAUGGCCAAGCAGGACACUGGGAGCUCCAAUGGAGUCGGUGACUACGACGACGCCACCAUCAUCGACUGGCAGGAGAAGGAGAACUCGCUGGGCAGGGAUCAGGGAGCGGGCAAGAAGCGACCGCCGCUGACCGUCCACCAGAUCAUUGCCAAGCGACUGCCGGAUCUGAAUCUGCCGGAGCUGGUGAGGUGCUCCACGCCGCCACAAGGUAGUAGCAGCACGGCUGCUCCGCUCCAGCCCUUGCAGCUGAUGGGGCAGGAGAAGCAGCCGGGCUGCGACGGUGGCAGCCAGAAGUCAUUCCAGAGCCAGAACGGCUGCCGGCUCUCCUCCUACGACAACGUCUUCUGCCAGAACUCCUUCGGGGGCAUCGACUCGGCCCAGUCGGACGAUGGCACCAUUUUCUCGGAGCCCUGGGACUCCUCCCAGUGGGACACCUUCCUGCCACACGAUGAUGCCACCAUCAACUCGGACACCAUCCAUCUGUCCAAAUGCCGGCCCGCUCUCUCCGAGGACGACACGAUAGUCGAGGAACUGCAAAGCACCAAAGACGGCAGCAACGGUAGUAGCUGCAACCAGGACACCCUGAAGGCCAACAGGAACGGUGCCGGACACCAUCACCAGAACGGCAACAGCAACAGCAAGGCCAACAGUCGACCCAAGGUGGCCACCAUUCUGCGCAAUCCCAGUAUGCGGGAUCGUGAAGUGUUAUGUCACCCCCGCAACAAGAUGAACAUCCAGAGCACCGGACCCGGCGACUCCCUGCGCGCCUACACCCUCCAACUGGCCCAGGACCAGAGCUCCACCUUCGCCCGCAACAUCGAGAACUUCAUCUGCUGCACGAAGGAGUCGCGGGAGGCGGCGCCCCAGGUGGUGAUGCGCAACAUGCGCCAGUUCAUGAGCGGCAUGAAGAACUACCUGGUGAAGCACGGCGAGGGCAAAUUCCAUGCCGAACUCGAGUCGGCCAGGUCGAGGCUGAAGGCCGACGAGUUCCUCAACCUGGACGCCAUGCUGGAGACGGUGAUGCAUCAGCUUGUGGUGCUGCCGCUGAGGGAGCAUCUCUACGGCAUCUUUGUGGAUCAUUAUCAGCGCAGUGGCGCCAUCCAGCUGCUGGCCCAGAAGGUCAAGUAUGCCAGCGAACGGGAGACGGCCGUCUUCGGCAUCCGGCCGACAGUGACGCCGCCAUCACAGGCCGCCCUCCGGAUCAUUGCCAAUCUGUUGUUGCGCCUCCAGGAGGCCGAACUGCCGCUGGACAAGCUGGAGCUCUUCCUGUGCAUCAUCUCGACGGUGUUCGAUGCCACAGGAUGUCCUCGCGGCCAGCAGCUGGGCGCCGAUGACUUCCUGCCCGUGCUGGUCUAUGUGGUGGCCAAGUGCGGAUUCGUGGGGGCCGAGAUCGAGGCGGAGUUCAUGUGGGGCCUGCUCCAGCCGACGCUGCUUAAUGGAGAGCCGGGCUACUACCUCACCGCCCUCUGCAGCGCCGUUCAUGUCCUGAAGAACUUCAAGGAGCUGGAGGCGGAGAGCGGCAGCGGAUCCCUGGACUGGCGUUCCAGCUGCCUGCCCGCCUGCUCCAGUGUCCUGCGCGUCAUCAUCCCGGACGAAUGCAACGGCUCCCUGCAGACCCGGACACUGCCGGUUAGGCCGCACACCACCACCAGGGAGGUGUGCCGGAUAAUUGCCCACAAGGCUCGGAUCACCAAUCCCCAGGACUAUGCCCUCUUCAAGCUGGUCGACGGCGAGGAGACGCUGCUAACGGAUGCGGAGUGUCCGCAGGAUGCCCGACUGGCGGCCAGGGGGAAGCAUUGUAUGUUGGCCUACAAGAGGAUCGAUGCGAAGAUAGCCUGGCCCACUGCCCAUCCGGCAGGACACUAGAAUCCUUUGCCGAGCGCCCCUCUCUUUAUAACCCUGUCCUGCCCUGCCCCGCCCUUCUUGCUCACUAACCAAGCAUAUUUGAUUAAUAAUUUAUUAUUAUUACAUUAAAAUAUACUUAGUAGCCUGUAAGUAAAGCUAAUUAACGCUAAUUAGAAAACAUCUAAUGUGUACUAAAACAUCAGUAUUGAGUUAAGCGAAGUUUUUUUUUUUAAUGUGUCUGGGUCGAUGGUACCCCCCUUUUUUGGCUAAUAAAUAUACUAUGCGAAUAAUACAUAUAAACACA